AUGCUAGGUAUUGGAGUAGGACUUCUUGUACGAGAAUAUGGCAAACUUUCCAGCCUGGACAAGUUCUACUUCUCAUUUCCCGGAGAGGUGCUGAUGCGGAUGCUCAAACUCAUUAUUCUACCCUUAAUUAUAUCAAGCAUGAUUACAGGUGUUGCUGCUUUAGACUCCAGCGUUUCUGGGAAGAUAGGUCUGCGCGCAGUUGUGUAUUAUUUCUGCACUACCGUCAUAGCUGUAAUUCUAGGAAUUGUGCUAGUUGUGACCAUCAAACCUGGGGUGUCUCAGAAAGCGGAUGAUAUUGACAGGAUGGGUAGCACUCCUGAGGUCACAACAGUGGAUGCCAUGCUAGAUCUGAUUAGGAAUAUGUUCCCAGAAAACCUUGUCCAGGCUUGUUUUCAACAGUAUAAAACCAAACGUGAAGAAGUAAAACUUACAAACGAAUUGGAAAAAAAUGGCUCCAUGGUUACAGAAGAACCUUUUACAGUUGUCAUGACAACAGAGGCUUCCAAGAAUCUACAGAACAAAACCAAAGAAUUCAAAAUAGUGGGCAUGUAUUCCGAUGGCAUCAAUGUCCUGGGCUUGAUUGUCUUUUGUCUCGUCUUUGGAAUUGUUAUUGGGAAAAUGGGAGAAAAGGGACAAAUUCUGGUGGACUUUUUCAAUGCACUCAAUGAAGCUACAAUGAGAAUAGUCCAGAUAAUCAUGUGGUAUAUGCCAUUUGGCAUUCUCUUUUUGAUUGCUGGGAAGAUCAUAGAAGUUGAGGACUGGGAAAUCUUUCGCAAACUGGGUCUUUAUAUGGCUACAGUACUAAGCGGACUUGCAAUCCAUUCUGUUGUAAUUCUGCCACUGAUCUACUUAAUAACAGUAAGGAAAAACCCUUUUCGAUUUGCCAUUGGGAUGGCUCAGGCACUUCUGACAGCCCUCAUGAUCUCUUCCAGUUCAGCAACUUUGCCUGUCACCUUCCGCUGUGCAGAAGACAAGAACCAUGUCGACAAAAGGAUUACCAGAUUUGUUUUACCAGUUGGAGCAACAAUCAACAUGGAUGGAACAGCACUUUAUGAAGCAGUGGCCGCAGUGUUUAUUGCACAGCUCAAUGACUUGGAAUUGGACGUUGGCCAAAUAGUUACUAUUAGUGUCACGGCGACAGCAGCCAGCAUCGGAGCAGCAGGUGUCCCCCAAGCUGGACUCGUCACCAUGGUGAUUGUACUGAGUGCAGUCGGGCUGCCAGCUGAAGAUGUUACCUUGAUCAUAGCAGUCGACUGGCUUCUAGACCGAUUCAGAACAAUGGUGAAUGUCCUUGGAGAUGCCUUUGGUGCAGGGAUUGUGGAGAAGCUCUCCAAAAGAGAGCUGGAGCAGAUGGAUGUUACUUCUGAAGUCAACAUAGUCAAUCCUUUUGCCUUGGAAACAACAAUACUUGAUAAUGAUGACACAGAGACUAAGAAAUCCUAUAUCAAUGGAGGUUUUGCUGUAGAUAAAUCUGACACCAUAUCAUUUACCCAGACAUCGCAGUUCUAAAGCCUGUGUCUUUCAGAAGACACAGGAACACUGAAGGACAUCAGCAUGUGUGAAGUCUCUUAGGAAGCUAAAGAAUAAUUAAGAAAAUAUUAAUGACAAACUUGAGUGUCUUUGAUUUGAUACACAGACUUCUGAUUUUUCCCCACUAUUCAGAUUCACAACAGUUGGUAUUUGUGGGCAGGUUGAUAAGAUGGCAAGCUGUAAAAUAUGUAAUUUUUUUUAACUGUGUAAUAUUGUGGAGGUAUUGAAAUUCCUCUUGGGAAUCAGCAUGCUCAUAAGAUGGAUGUUAGAACCAGGACAGUGAAGUGGAGGAAAUGCGCUUUUCUCAGGCAUAGUGCGGUAUCUCACAUCUCUUUUCCAUUCCACCACACACUGCAUGGAAAGUUCUUUUAGUACUUUUGCCUUUCACAGUUUAAAAAAUGACAUGGUACUCCAAAUGCCUACUGUAACUUGAUAAUGUGCCAAAUAGUUCAUUUCUGAAGCCCAUUUGAAUACCACAGAGGCAGACUGUUUCAGUAAGGAAACUCACCAGAACGUUCCUGCAAUAAGUGUGCUAAUAUUUAUGGGAUUUUAUUUUUCUUUAAGCAUUAUGGGCAUUGGAAGUUAAUAUUCAAGGAAGAAAUGGCAACACUACAUAUUUAAGUUUUUUCCACAUGAAUUGCCAGUGAACAAAACUGAACUUAAAAUAUGAAGCAAAUUGCUGCAUUUUUUUAACUCGAAGAAUUAUUGCAAAGUGAAACUGUCUGCCAACUUAAGUCCACUUCAAUGGCUUAUUAGUGCAUUUCCACUAGAGGCAGAAAUUAAUCAGCUUCAGUAUUGUAUUUCUCUUAUUCUAGCCUAAUAUUUAUCAGUCCCACAGCAGGCAAAAGUCAUGAAGAUAAAAAUAGACUGCACAGCUACCUGUAGUAACUUCCAGAUAUUUUCUGCUGAGAAAAAUAAAUAGUAUCCAGUGUAUAUGAAGCACACCUUUCUUCUAGAAAGUGGUCACUGGCUA